AUGGCUGGCCGGCUUUCCAAAAGGGCGAGAGAUCCAGAUGUGGUCCUUUUGACGCUCAACUUGACUUCGUCUCCUGUGCCUAAUCCCUCUCCGUUACCAUCAAACGCUACAAUAUUGCCCUCUCCCAGUGUUAACUCUGGGGACCAGAUCAGCCAUUCAAACCAAGAGGAAACUUCAGGCCCGCCAACUCGGCGGCGUCGUCUGUCUAGGUCGUCAUCAAAAAACAGCCGAUCUUCGGCACAGGCCCUGUCAGAUUCCACUCCCUCGUCUCGUCCAUCUGGGCAAGGGCCUUUGCACGGCCCACCACCUCCCCCGCCUUCGGAGCUCAUUGUAGUAUUUACGCCACAGAUUCCCCGUCGUCCGCUAGUUGACCCAAUUCUACCAAAUCCUUUUGAGGACCAUGUCGACAAGCGACAACUUGAAGGGCGCAAGUACCAAGUCAGCGAAGAAGGCCCCGUUGAUGGAUAUGUCAAAAUUUCCAGAUGUCAGUUCACUCAGGGGUUCGAAAACAACGGCGAUGAAGUUGUUCGCCCAACCGAUACAGUGCGGCUGACGCUAUCUGCGUUCCCGGAUCGUUGGUUUGCGGACCUGAACCCCAUUGACAGGACGUUCUUCAGCUUUUAUAUCGGCGCAUGGUGUGCUGGUCGGACGGUCCUUAAAAAGACCAACUGCUGGCUACAAGACAUUGCUCAGAUGGCUCACAAGGACGAUUGUGUCAAACAUUCACUACUUGCCCUUGCCGGGACAUAUGUGUUUGAUUAUUUACCUGAUAUGGAGCACAAAUUGGCGGCUCAGGUCCACUAUAAGAAGGCUGUGAUCUUACUGAGUCUACUGCUAGGAAACGCUCGACAACACACUCCCAGCACCCGGGAUGCAGAAGCUUUGGUUGCUGCAAUUGCUCUACUGAACAUGAACGACGCAGUUUCUGAGGAGCACUGGCGGGAGCGAAAACUCACCCCUCGCUGGUUGGAAGGCGCACGCCUCGCCUGUCGGGUCCUGGAUAUGACGAAUCCUGGUCACCAUUACCGAGACCCAUUGAACGUUCAGCCUUCUGAUGCUCGUGUUGGUAAUGCCGUUAUUGCCGGCAGAGCCACAAUCCUUGCUCUUCCCAUGGCACGUCUCAAUAUCGAAAACACCAAGGAUGGACAGUUCGCUUGGUUGCUUCAAGGAUCUGAACUGAGCACCCAAAGAAUUCACGGUGGAUGUGGCAUGUCCCCGUCACUGCUCCACCUCUUCUCCCAAAUCACCCACGUGGCCGCCUUCAUCCAUGACGACCCGAUUGAGUAUGAGUCCACAGCAAUGCCUUUGGCAUAUAAGUUGCUCGAUGAUCUUAAGAAGCUGUGCCAGUGGUAUGAAUACGAAAAAGCUGACGGGGACACAAGAAACAUAUCGAUAGACGUUCACAGCAUCCGCGAUCUGCUAGCUUCCGGUCACCUCGACGCCCAUGGCGCUAUAAAUUCUGGCGAGGGCAUGACGGCUUCGACUGCCGAGGCUUGGCGGUUCGCCGCUAUCAUUUACCUGCAAUGCCGCCUCCUACGGCUUCCACGCACCCAUCCAGAAGUUUUAUUGCAAGCUUCCAAUUUGGCAGCGACCAUUCGUGUCAUGCCAACGUCGGGCUACAUGUUCACCGCCCAGGCGCCAUUUUUCCCGGUAUUUCUGUUGGGCAUCGUAGCCAUAGAAGACGAACAUAGCCAGUGUGCUUCACAAUGGUUCGAGGCGGUCACUCAGACGAAGUGUCGCUCGAGCGUCCCGCCUGCGUUUGCAGCCUUGAAGGAAAUCCGUCAGUGGAUGGCCGCUGAACUCACAGACGCAUCUCUUCCUAUUCCCAUAUCCGUUUCGGACCGCUAUCCCUGGUGGGAAGACGUGGUAGAUCACGUCAAUGAGGCCAUAGGUAUGUUAUGCUUGGUCUAG